AUGGCGAAAGGGAGACGCUUCAACCCGCCUUCGGACAAGGACGGGAGAUGGUUCCCGCACAUCGGGCUCACGCAGAAGACACCGGAGUCCAUCACCAGCGCCACGCUGAAGGAGUCCCACAGCCCACAGUUGUCUCAGCAGGUGGAGCGGAAGCUGCCCCCCAUCUACAAGAUCCGGGAGAAGCAAGCCGUGAAUAACAACUUCCCCUUCUCGGCUCACGACAACCGGCACAGCUUUCAGACCUCCGGCUGCUACCUGGACACGGGCUUGGGGCGCAAGAAGAUCCCGGUAGAAAAAAGGCAACACGUUUCAAGAAAUUUCAAUCUGUGGGCGUGUGACUAUAUUCCAUCUCAUCUGGACGGCUUUUCAAAUAACCAAAUAUCGUACGUCGGUCAGAAAGCUGCGGUGGUCCCGAUCUUCAGACGCUUCCCAAGACACCAUAAUGAGAUCUGGAGCACUUUAAAAUGUAUUCCCGAGAGAAGCCACAAAGAGAUUUUGAAAAAUGGCCCAAAAGUGAGGUUUGCUAUGGACAAAAAUGUCGUUUUUCCAAACGCCCCGGAUGCGGCCUCCGGCCGGGCUUCACGGCCGCACUGCCGCCUUCCCGACCUGCGGGGCUUCAGGGGCCAGUGCCCUGCUUGGCUCAGACAGUGUGGCGGGGACCGAGGCCGGCAGAGCGCUGUGUCCAUCACCGCGGAGGGCCUGGCCUGCCCAACCACGGCCUCCGCAGCCGCCCCCGGCGUGGACAUGUUGCAGCCUGGCAUCCGGCUCUUGGACACUCGGGGCCACCUGUGA